AUGGCUGGUGGAAACAAGAAAAAGAAGAAGCCUGCUGCGAACCCAGCCCGCGGUUUCACUACCACUUCAGUGCCCUCAAAAUCUCGAGCUGACCCUGCUGAGGGCGCUGAUGGCAGCGCUGAAGCUUCCAGGAAAGGCGACUCUGCCCCGCCAUCCAAAGGUGCUGCUGCCCCGCCAUCUCAGAAUGACAACGCCACAAGGGCAUCUUCUGCUGCGCCGACCAAAGAGUUGAGCCCUGAAGAGUUUGAGAGACAACUUGAAGAGUCUGAAUUGCAGCUGCUGGUCGAUAAGUAUGCACAGAAGACAAGGCGCGAUGCCUUGCGCCAGAAGCAGAGAUUGGAAACAGACCGCCGGUUGCUUCGAGGACAAUCCGAGCCUAUUAAUGCAAGGAAAUGGCUUCCUCCCGAAUUUAUGGACCAUAUUCUCGACCUGAUCCAGGCCGAGAGUCGAUUUGCUGCCUCAAGCACUGCAUCUGAGAAUCCAGCAAGUGGCAAGCUUCUUCCUGAAGAGGAAUUGACCAUCAAGUUAUGGACCCUGCAGCAAACUCUGUCAGGGGCAGGGUUCCCGGACGAUAAGGUCCAGCCUGCCUUGCAGUACGUGCUGGACAUCUCAACCAACAUUAGCGGCAGUGUCAAGGACUCAAUAUGGGGCUUGGAUGAAGCUUUGGACUGGCUUGCUAGAGAAUGUACCGCGGACGACUUGCCCGACUAUGACAAACGUUCUCGGGCAAGCGGUAAAGAUACUCCUCUAGAUACUCCGCUUCCUUCUGGCGCCACUACGCCUCUACUCCUUGAGCCUGAAGCCCGACAGAAAUCAGGGAACAAGAAGAACGGUGGUGCUCGUCUGCCGCGGGCUCCUUCUCCCAAGAAGCAGAUCCUUACUUAUGACAGUGAUAUUGAGCCCGAUGAUUUGGUUCCCACUUACAUUGAAACGAAGACAAAGUUGUUCAACCUCCAACGCCCUCAGCAGGAUGCUCCGAGGAAGAAAGGCCGGAAACCGGCUUCUCAACUUGAUGUGGAUGCAAAUGAUGACACUUCAUCUGAUGACCUCGAAAUUGCUAAAUUACUUGCAAAGGUUGACAGAAUUGUAAAAGAUCCACUCUUCGACAAGGGAUUGGCAGAUAUGCAGUGGCAGCCGAAACGAAUCGCUCUUGAGAGGGACUACGCAGCAUUGAAGAAAGAAACGGCCGAGGCCCAAGCCAGGGCAGAAGCUGUAGCUGCCGAGGAGAACCAGGGUAAUGCGUCUAAGGACACAAGCGACGAUUCCGAUGACGAUAUUACCAAGGAGGCAGAGCGAAUGGCAGCUGAGAUUCUCGCACAAGAUGACGAUGAGGAAGAUGCAGCGCUUGCAGACCUCUUCUCGAGCCUCCCGGUUAAUGAGGUUGAUCCCACAACGGGCAAAUCCACUACUGUUAUCAACAGUGCGGAUGGCGAGAAAGUUACGAUUCGUGACUUUGGUAAAUGGACGGGCAUCAGUCCCAGGCGAGUGCUUGAGGAAGCCUGCCGUGCGAGAGAUUCAUCUGUGAAGAUAUCAUACAUGAAGAUAUCAGAAGCCACCUUCGCUAAUCGGCAUUUGAUCAACAUUGUGUGGACCAAAAGUCAGGAGGUGCUUCCGCCCGCGAAUAUUCAAGGGGUCGAAGCCGCUACUUCACCUAUCCAGUUUGUAUUCAAGAUGACAUCGAUCGCAACUCCCGACGCAAAUCAGUCCGAAGCCUUCAUAGCAACUACUGCCCUGUUCCUUAUAUUCUCCGCGUCUGGUAAAGAAGAGAAGGUCGCCCUCAGACUCCCGCCUCAAUGGAAGGACCUCUGGACGGAGUUUGCGGAGGCAAGAAAGAAUGAGGCGGAUGCCCUGGAUAGAACAGCUAUCAAGGAACUGCGGUCACUUGUACGCCAACGGAAAGACCAGGAGCUCGAGGAUGGAGUCAUUCUACAAGGCGCUUUCAGGGGCCGAGGAGCCGGUAGAAGUGGUGCUGAUACUGGCGACGAGUCCGGUGCUGAGCGAUCGAAACGACUGUCUGGGGACACUGAGUUCUACCAAGGCAUAUGGAAUCGAAAGAGCAGCUCGCCCAAGUUUCAGGCGAUGCUAGCCUCCAGGAUGCAGCUCCCAAUGUGGGCCUACAAAAGCCAGGUUCUUCAGACCAUUGACCAAGAACAAGUAGUCAUUAUUUGUGGUGAGACUGGUUGUGGCAAGAGCACACAGGUACCUUCUUUCAUCCUCGAACAUCAGCUCUCUCAAGGCCGGCCAUGCAAGGUGUAUUGUACAGAGCCUCGUCGUAUCUCUGCUAUAUCUCUGGCACGUCGUGUCAGUGAAGAGCUUGGCGAAAACAAAGGCGACAUUGGUACUUCCCGAUCUCUCGUUGGAUACUCAAUUCGACUUGAGGCAAACACCUCAAAAGAGACUCGUCUAGUGUAUGCUACGACCGGUAUUGUGAUGCGUAUGCUGGAGGGCUCAAAUGAUCUUCGCGAGAUCACCCACCUUGUACUUGACGAGGUUCACGAGCGAUCCAUCGACAGCGACUUCUUGCUUAUUGUACUAAAGAAACUUAUGGCCCGCCGAAAGGAUUUGAAAGUCAUAUUGAUGUCAGCAACAGUCGAUGCAGAACGAUUUUCUAAGUAUCUAGGUGGUGCUCCUGUAUUGAAUGUGCCAGGUCGCACAUUCCCUGUACAGGUCAAUUACCUCGAAGACGCCAUUGAAUUAACCGGUUAUUCGAUCGACAAGCGCCCGCGAGAGAAGAUUGUUGACCUGGAUGACGACUUUGAUGAGAGUGAUGCUGAGGCAUCAUCGAAGCCUGAGUUGUUGAAGGAGCUCAAGCAGUACUCUGGGCGGACGCGCAACACUCUUGCUCAGUUGGACGAAUAUCAGAUCGAGGUUGAUCUCAUUGUUCAACUCAUUGCACGCAUUGCUACAGACCCCACUUACAUCGACUUCAGCAAGGCCAUCCUGGUCUUCUUACCUGGUAUUGCUGAGAUCCGGACUCUUAAUGAUAUGCUCCUAGGCGAUCGCUUCUUUGCAAGCGAGUGGCUUGUAUACCCCAUGCAUUCUUCCAUUGCAUCUGAAGAACAAGAAGCGGCCUUCCUUGUGCCACCACCAGGGUUCAGGAAGAUCGUGCUUGCCACCAACAUUGCGGAAACCGGUAUUACAAUUCCGGACGUGACCUGUGUCAUCGACACAGGCAAGCAUCGUGAGAUGCGAUUCGAUGAGCGACGUCAACUUUCGCGCUUGAUAGAUACAUUCAUCUCACGGGCAAAUGCUAAGCAACGGCGAGGGCGUGCUGGACGUGUGCAGGAGGGCCUUUGCUUUCAUAUGUUCACCAAAUACCGCCACGACAACAUCAUGAGCGACCAGCAGACGCCAGAGAUGCUUCGGCUCUCACUUCAAGACCUUGCCAUCCGUGUCAAGAUCUGCAAGAUUGGCGGAAUUGACGAGACCUUGAGCAGCGCAUUGGAUCCUCCUUCCGCGAAGAACAUUCGUCGUGCGAUCGAUGCGCUUGUCGAUGUUCGCGCCUUAACACAGGCCGAAGAACUCACGCCGCUUGGGAAUCAACUCGCCCGGUUGCCAUUAGAUGUCUUCCUUGGAAAGCUCAUUUUGCUGGGCACGGUAUUUAAGUGCCUCGACAUGGCCGUAACGGUAGCUGCCAUCCUCUCAUCCAAAUCACCUUUCGUCGCACCAUUUGGCCAGCGCAACCAAGCCGAUACGGUCCGCAUGGCCUUCCGUCGGGGUGACUCGGAUCUUCUUACCGUCUACAAUGCGUAUCUAGCCUGGAAACGCGUCUGCCAAUCCGCCUCGGCUUCCGGCGGCGAGUACCAGUUCUGCCGCAAGAAUUUUUUGAGUUCCCAGACCCUCGCCAAUAUAGAGGACCUCAAAGGCCAAUUGUUGGUCUCUCUCGUUGAUUCAGGCUUUUUGCAGCUUACGGAUGAGGAGCGGCGCAACCUGAACCGCUUGAGAUACUCGUCUGGCGGAGGUGGUCGAAGGCGCCAUCAAGCCUUCUUCGAACUGCCUCAACGUGUCAACGCCAACAGCGAAAACGAUGUUAUAUCACAGUCCGUGAUUGCCUGGAGCUUCUAUCCCAAACUCCUCGUGCGUGAUGUACCCGGUGGCCGAGGCCUCAGGAACGUCGGCAACAAUCAGUCGAUCAGCCUCCAUCCAACCAGUGUUAAUAAGGGGCAUAACGAACUCAGAUGGCUGAGUUACUACCACAUUAUGCAAUCCAAGGCGUACGUAGAUAGUCUCCCCCAAAUUUUCAACGCGACGCUCACAUUCUAUCUCAGGUUCUUGAACGCACACGAGACUACAGCCGUCGAAGCAUUCGCCAUUGCCCUCCUCUGUGGCGAUGUCCGCCCUGAUAUGUAUUCAGGCGUCCUAGUUCUCGACGGCAACCGCGCCCGGUUCGCUGCCCCCGACUGGAAAACAAUGCUGGUGAUGAAGGUCCUGAGGGCACGGCUGCGAGAGAUGCUCACCCGCUCCUUCAAGAACCCUGGAAAGCUCCCCACGGCGCAGCAUGAGAAGUGGCUGGAUGUGUGGCAGCGCAUAUUCUCACAGGAGUUUGGAGACAAGGGCGGAACCAGUAAGGCUUAG